GCUGAGCUGGCGGCGGGAGCGCGUCACCUGCAGCCUGGCUGCGGCCGGCGGCUCCUUCUCUUCCCGCGCCGGCCUCCCUCUGCAGGGCCCGGUGCGACCUGCCCCGGCCCCGACCCCCCUGUUCCUGCAGGCCCCGGCAGGCCCCGGCCCGCCCCGGCCCCGAGCCUCUCCAGCAUGGAGCUGCUGGGCGCCAACCUGUCCGCGCUGCGCCGCCCGCAGGAGUACGACUUCGAGCGGCGCUUCGACGAGCUGCAGGCGAUCCAGUGGAUGCGGGAGAACUGGCGUAAAUCUUUCUCCUUCGCCUUGGCUUACGUGCUGCUGAUCUUUGGAGGCCAGCAUGUCAUGAAGCAGCGGAGAGGGUACGACCUGCGCAAGCCACUGGUCCUGUGGUCACUCAGCCUGGCCCUGUUCAGUAUCAUCGGUACCCUGAGGACAUGGGGGUACAUGGGAUUUGUCCUCUCCACCAGUGGAUUUAAGCGAUCUGUGUGUGAUCCAGGCUUCUAUAAUGGCCCCGUCAGCAAGUUCUGGGCAUAUAUGUUUGUCUUAAGCAAAGUACCGGAAUUGGGUGACACGGUGUUCAUCAUUCUCCGGAAGCAACGGCUCAUCUUCCUGCAUUGGUACCACCACGUCACAGUGCUGCUCUACACCUGGUAUGCCUAUAAGGACAUGGUAGCCGGUGGCGGCUGGUUCAUGACCAUGAAUUACGGUGUCCACGCCUUCAUGUACUCCUACUACACAGUGCGGGCAGCGGGCUUGAGGGUGCCACGCCCAUUUGCCAUGGUGAUCACCGUUACCCAGAUCCUGCAGAUGGUGAUGGGCACAGCAGUGAGCAUCAUGGCAUACUCCUGGAUGCAGGAUGGCAUCUGCUCAACCUCCUGGGAACAAUUCUUCUGGUCGUCCAUAAUGUAUCUCAGCUACCUGGUGCUCUUCUGUCACUUCUUCUGCGAGGCAUACUUUAAGGGGAGGGGCAAAACAAAAGGGGACUAACACUAGUGGGAGGAGUGUUGCUGGGACUCCUGCUCCCUAGGCUGUUGGCUCUCCAGCGCAUUACAGGCCUGGUGUGAUGAAGCUGGGGGGGAAGAAAUUGAUUGCUACCAGUGCUUCUGCUGUUGGACCUAUGAAGAGGCAUCAGUAUCUGCCUCAGAGGAGGCUGCUCCCUGGGCCUUCCAGCCAAAGCCUGAGUGCUCUUUGCUCUGCAGUCUUUAGAGGGAUGGGGGAAGAGAACUGGAGAGGCUGUGAAUGCCAGAGAGAAAGGGUUGGAGGAGUAUCAAGAACCCAUCACUAAAUUUCAGGUUCUCCCUCUUCUGUCCUGCCAAUCCAUCCUCCCCCACCACCCCCCAGGUUGUGUUGUGCGUCUCUUGCACAGAGCUAAUCUUCCCUUCUGUUCUCAAAGGCCAAACUUUCUUAAGGGUGAGGAGUGUCUGCUCCCUGGCAUGAGCUUCACACACAAGGGGUGGUUGCAUGCCUGUUGCCCAAUGGCUGGCCAUACCGGUUCUGCAGGAGAGGUUUGGGAGCCCAAGAUUGGGUGCUAUUGCCAGCUAGAGGGAGACCCUUGAAUUCAACAACUUGCUGGGGCAGGAGAUGGCAAUGGUGGCUGCACUGAAUGGGAAAAGUACCUAAAUCUUUAUCGCCUGGCCAGUUCCUUGCAGGAGAUAGAGGGGAGGUUUCAGUAACAACUGGGAAGCCUUGGUUGUCCUGAUUGGCUUAGAGUCCAGGGGGCUUGAACUAAGGGGUUGAAAGCUCACAGGUACUGACCUUAUAUUAAGGGUUCUCCUGCUCCCCCAAGCUAGCUGACUUGACUUGGCAUUUCAUUUUUCUCUUGCAUGACAAGAAUUCUCCUCUUUUCUGGGUUAGAACUGUGAACCCCAACUGGGCAAGAGGGCAAAGGGACAGUCCCCAGCUGACCCAGUACAUAUCUAGACUGCCUAGCUAGGGCAGAAUGAAGAUCCUCCCGACUCUCCCAUGUGCUAAUUGCAGGAAAUGAAAAGCCCUGGGACCUGCUGCUAAAAGCCAGAGGCCAGAGCUCCAAGUAACUAGCUCAAAAAUUGAUCUCACCCCAGUGAUGGUCUCACUUAACUCCUCAUGAUGCUCACUUUGGUAUGAACAUGUGUGCCUGGGCUGCUUGCCUAGAUGUUCCCCCUCUGACAUCCUGCCACUUGUGAUUACCUCAACUUUUAAUAGCGGAUGGGCAAAGAUGGUGUUUAAAUCUGGCUUUGUGAUCCUGGAGCCGAAAUACCAAUGCCCCACAUGAGACUGGAAGGGUUGUCCCCAAACUGGACCUUGGAGUUAAUGUACACUGGCUGCACUUUUAAAAACCUUCUUUUCGCAUUGUGAGUACAGGGAACUGCUCCGAUUGGAAUACUGGUAGAGCUGCUAAUCUCAGUGGGCCAAUUUAAAGCUCCUGAUGCUUUAUUAAUUGAGGUCUGUGUGCAGGCCUGGGUACCAGCCCCAGUUCUAACAGAUUCUCUCUGUGGCCUUUAGCAAAUCAUUUCACCAUGUUGUGCCUCAGUUUCCCCACCUGUAAAAUGGGGAACGAUACUGACCUACCUCCCAUGGGGUUUGAGGCUUACUGUCUGUAAAGUGUUCUGAAGACUAACAUUGCGCAAAGACUUGUCACUGUGUAAUGCAGCCCCUCCUCCUAGCCCCCAACUUCCAUCGCAGGAAUUGCCUCUUCUAGUCAAAGCACCUGUCUGUUUCAGGCAGCUGUGCCACUGGAGGAGGCUGAAGCCCUGAUCACUAACUCCCAGGGGACACCAAGACAAAAGCUGCUUUCUGUUAUAAACUGUUGGAGGCAAGAAAGUUUUUCCUCCUAAAAUCAAGAUUGGUGAAACUCAUCUCUUCAUGGCAUGCUGUGACUUGUGAUUGAAGAUAACCAGUGUCCUCUUCCUUGAACGGGAAAAUAAAGGGUAAGAGUCCCUGGAGAAACAGCAAUGAGUGUUAAUGAAGCCAGGAAUCUUUGGGGUCCAGGUUCCCUUGCUAAGGCACUGACUCUAGUACCGUGUUUAACCAGGAAUAUGGAUUUUCAGGAUUUAAGCUGCUCUUUCUAUUUCAAUGGAAUCAAUUUACGCUUCCUCAGCUGUUCUGCUGCUGACUUCUACUGCACCUCGGCAUGCAACCUCUUUCAGAUUCCCUGUCUGGAUGGCAAUGCUGGAAGAGAAUUCACCCCUUACUGGAGCGUGCUGAGCAGCUGCCACUGCACUGAUCUCUGCUUGGGGGAAGCUCGCUCCAGAAACCCCUCCCCUUGGGACUUGCAUCCUGACACUGCAAAAGGGUUUUGGUGAUGCUAGCUUUAAUAGCAAUACAUUUAUUAUAAGUAACUAGCAGGGCCCAGCUUCUUCUACAGCAGGGGUCAGCAGCCUUUCAGAAAUGCUGUGCCAAGUCUUCAUUUAUGCACUGUAAUUUAAGGUUUCGUGUGCCACGAAUACAUUUUAUAUUUACAGGGGCUGAUAGACGGAACCCCAGACUGGCAGUGGGCUGAGCGGGACGCUGGCUGGCAGGGGCCAGCAGACGGAACCCCAGACCGGCAGUGGGGUCGGCAGACGGAACCCCAGACCAGCAGCGAGCUGAGCGGCUCAGCCUGCUGCCGGUCUGGGGUUCUGUCCACAGGCCCCUGCCAGGUGGGGUCCCAGCUGCUGGCCCUGCUCAGCCCGCUGCCAGCCUGGGGUUCUGUCCAUCUAGGCCGGCUACGGGCUGAGCAGGGCCGGGACCAGGGGCUGGCAGCAGAGUGCCACUGUAAAUCAGCUCACAUGCCACCUUUGGCACGCAUGCCAUAGGUUGCCAACCCCUGUUCUACAGCAUCGAAACUUUCUGCAGUCUUUCCUAGUGCAGAAUUAUGCAGCCAAAUCAAAGCUUUCAUUUUUAAGUUUCUGGGUGUUAAUUAUGAAGAAAACAUUAAUCUGAACUGAAUGUAAAGUGGUGCGGUACUGUCUGCCUCAGUCUACAGACAGCCAAAGUAAUAGCUCUGAGUUAACACCUUAUUUAGCUCAGAUGGAUGUACACUCUGAAAUCUAAUGACAGCAGUUUAAAUGUCAUUGGUCAGUGAUGUGAAAGUUAAUCGGGAAGAAACUUCCAGCUAAACUGCUUGUUCUGCAAUCCCAAACUACCUUCCUUCCAGUUUCAUCCUACCCAGCUUCCUAAAGUGUCAGUUUCCUCUUGACAAUUGCUACAUCUUCAUUCUGGAGCUCUGCAGCACAGGGCAAACUGGGUGGCAGUGUAGAAUUAAAUAAGGAACACUAUGCUGAUUGUAUUAUUCAUAUUUAUAUUAAAUAACCUCAGUUAAUUCACCAAAUGCUGCUUCUGCCUCCCUGCCCCUGGAGUUCUGCAGAAUCCAUCUCUAGCUUGCUGCAGUGUUACAUGAGGGCCUUGUAGAAGUGCGGCGCACCUAUGACUCCCCUCAGUUUCAAUGAGUUUUGCAGGUAUACCCAUCCCCCAAGACCAGGGCAAGCUGUAGAAAGGUGGGAAGAAGCUGUCUGGGUGUUUGUCCUGGUUGUUACAAGACUUGCAAAACAGCCAACAGCAAAGAAAUGAAAAUGUCUCUGAACCAGAUCUACAAAUCCACUCCAACUGCAUCUGAAAUAGUUACUGUGUGACAUGUGAAUUUGGUUAAUAAAGUGUAUGGUUUUUAUCA